GGUCAGAAUGGUCCAAGAAGAAAUCCGGAAGGGUCCAUGGACAGAACAAGAAGACCUUCAACUGGUCUGCUUUGUAGGAUUGUUUGGAGACCGGCGAUGGGAUUUCAUUGCUAAAGUUUCAGGUUUAAAAAGAACAGGUAAGAGCUGCCGCUUGCGAUGGGUUAAUUACCUGCAUCCCGGGCUCAAAAGAGGAAAGAUGACUCCUCAUGAAGAGAAACUUGUCCUGGAACUUCAUUCUCAGUGGGGAAAUAGAUGGUCUCGGAUUGCUAGAAGAUUACCAGGGCGAACCGAUAAUGAGAUAAAGAAUUAUUGGAGAACACAUAUGAGGAAAAAAGCACAAGAAAAGAAACAAGAAACAUCUCCAUCAUCAUCGUCAUCAUCAACUUUAGAUUCCUCCUCUUCAUGGAAUAACAGGGCAGUGAAUUCAAAAUCUGUUGAUGAGACAACAGAAAGCUUUGACAGUACAAUAGUUCAAGAUAUGUCAGCACUGCAAGGGAAGAAGUAUCAGAAAGACCAAGAUGAGAGGGAAGAAUUUUAUUCUAUGGAUGACAUAUGGAAAGAUAUCACUUCAGAUGAACCAAUUAAACCAGUUUGCGACGUGUACCGUGAAAGAGGUAAUUUUAAUUGUCCUCCACUUGCUUCUUCACUGUGGGAAUAUUGUCCAGAGACACUAUGGAGAGUUGGAGGAGAUGAAAGUAAGAUAUUUUUCUCCACUAAUGAUCAGUUUGUUUCUUGUUACCAACAUGAGCACAUGUCUCUAACUGGUUAA